AUUGAUCCCAUACGCCAGGAUUUACCUUCGAAUAGAGUUAAAGCCGUGAUGUAAUGCGGUACGUUAAGCCUUCGCCAAUACGAAAUAGAUCAGUAACUGAACCGAGAAUGUGAAAAUACGAUAUAGUGCUGGGUACUCGAACGCGAUCAGCUGUGUUUACACCUGCUUGUCACAAGGCUCGGUUCCUCAAGACCAAGCAUCUCCUUUAGUUUAUGGACUGCCAUUUACUCCGUGGGCAAUCAUUGACCGUAGAUUGGGUUUGCAGGCAGCAUUCCUAAGAGAGUUCUCCUGAAAUAUGGAUACGAUAAGCAUGUGCUGCGUAACUUGGAAUGUGGAGACAGGAUGGCCGGAGCAAGACUUGCAUAAUCUCCUGGGAAUACGGAAAGAUCCAGUUAUAAAGCGUGAAUCAGAUGACCUGUUACCAGAUAUAUAUGUUGUGAGUUUGCAGGAGGUGAAGUCCCAGCCGCAAAAUGUAGUGAUGGAUGCUUUGUUUGAGGAGCCUUGGACUCUUGCCUUCCGAGAAGUUGUGGGACCCCAUGACUAUGUGAAGAUCAGCACUGAGCGUCUUCAGGGAUUAGUCACGACUGUCUAUGUCAAGCGGAAACACGUGCACCACAUACGCGACAUUCAUACCUCUGUCACUAGAACUGGAUUUGGUGGGUUAUGGGGAAACAAAGGAGCUGCAAGUAUUAGGUUCACUCUAUAUGGCUGUUCUGUAUGUGUUGUCAACUGUCAUUUGGCGGCACACGACAGUGGCUACAAGGAACGAGUCGAAAAUUUCAACGCAAUUAUCGAUUACUCCACCUUCCCAGUACCAGAAACUAGCAACAUUCUUUUCCAUGACUAUGUCUUUUGGAUGGGUGACCUGAACUUCCGUUUUGAAAGCCACUUAACAGGAGAAGAUAUUGUCCAACUAAUAAAAGCCAGUGACUGGGGAAGCCUAAUGGAAGUUGAUGAGUUAAUUAAGGCUCAGAAAAGUGGAGAUGCCUUUUCAAUGUUAAAGGAAGAAAGGUUAUCCUUCCCACCAACUUACAAAUAUAAGGAAGGAACUUCCACAUAUGAUUUAGCGAGAAGACCCGCCUGGACAGACCGCAUCCUCCACCAGGUCCAUGUGGAUGCCUAUGAAAAUGUGAAGCUUGGAGUGGAGCAGUCGUCUUAUACUCAUUGUGGCUCCUAUACGCAGUCAGAUCAUAAACCAGUCAAAGCUAAUUUUAGGAUCAAGGUAUUUGCCAACCAUGAGGAAAGGUGUGUACGAUUCACCUGCAUAGGAACAUGGUUGGUAGGUGAAGGUGGCCCAGUGAAGUUCACUAUAGACUCAGAUGUUGUAACUUCAACCUGGGACUAUGUUGCUCUCUACAAGGCUGACUUUACAUGUAUGCAGCAAUACAUCACAUACAUGUAUGUUCCUCAGCCAUCUCCAGGAUCUGGACAACGAACCUUUCAGAUGGUGUUCAACGAUGAGCUCCUGCAGCACCCAGGGAUGUACCGCCUCUUGUACUAUUCUGGCAAGUACAGCAGCUACCUAGGAAUGAGUGAUCCAUUCCCUGUUCUCACACGCCAGGAUUAGCUGCUAUUUUACUGGCAGAGUAUCAAGUGUAAACAUUUAUAAUUUAGCAAUAUCUCCGAGGCUCACGAGACGUAGAUACCUGUCAAAUCUGGUGUAGAAGGAAAUGUACGUGUUCCAUAACCAAAAAAGAAAAUUCUGAUGUGAUUGUUUUAUCUGAGAAGUUUUAUAUUUUGUGCAAUAUUUAUAUAGGGUGUUAGCUCUACCAUAGCCUUGGUUCAUUUUAUUUUAAAUUUGGUAAACUAACAACAGUUGAAGUGGGCAAAUGAUAAUAUAAUUUAUAAUACAAGGUUUCUGACAUCAUGAUUGCAUCAAAAGUUACUAUUACAUCUAAUAUGAAUAUGAAAUAUAGGGGGUAUAUUGAAUCCAUUCAGACCAGGAGGAAAUGUAGGCUCAUACAUGCUGUGUCCAUUGUGUUUUUAGUUUAUUAAUUCUGUUUACACUCAAAUGCUUAUUCACAAAGAAGUCAGUUAUUGAUCUCACCUGUUCACCCAAUUCCUUGUACUUGAAUUUUAUUACUAUUAGUAUUUUCAAUAACAUGAUAUGAAUAAUGUCAAUGAUAAUAAAUAUGUUAUCACAGAUUAAAAAAAAUAAAUCUCCAAAAGUCAAGGAAUAUGAAUAAAGUCAGGCAAACCUAGUACUAGACUCAUAGGUGACUAAGCAGUUUUAGAGCCAUUUAUGUGUAAACAAAAUUGACAAACCAGAACUACAGUAGACUCUUCAUGUAACCUCUUCGUGGGUUAGUACUGAUAUUCCAGCAAGAAGAUGAAAUUGCAUCGUUAUUCCUGUUCAAAAUCCAGAAUAGAGUGAGAGUGAGUGUGUGUGUGUGUGUGUGUGUGUGUAUGUGUGUGUGUGUGUGUGUGUGUGUGUGUGUGUGUGUGUGUGUGUGUGUGUGUGUGUGUGUGUGUGUGUGUGUGUGCGCGCGCGCUCGCAUGUGCUUGUGCAUGCGUGCGUGCGUGCAUGCUUGUGUGUGUAUGUGUGCGUGUUUGUUUAGAUAUCAAUCGGUUUAACAUUAUGUGUUCAUAUUAGUUCACGAAAGUAGAAAUAUGAUUAAAUGUUCGUACAGGAAUGACUGUUGUACAAGUAUGUUAUGACCUCUUGUUUCUUUCUUUCUCUUUUUUUUUCCUAUCUGUUAUGGAAUGUGUCUUUUUCUGUCUUUAUUAAAGAUUUUUUUCAGAGGAGUUAGGAUAAACAUAUGCAUUUGUUAAUCAAGGUAGUGUUCUGUAGUGUAAAAUAUUUAUGAUGAUCUAUGAUGUGAGAGAGAGAGACAGACAGACAGAGACAGGGACAGAGAGAGAGAGAGAGUGCGUGUGUAGUUGCUUGUUUGUUUGUUUUCUGUGUUUCUGAUAUUUUCAGUGUAACUUACUUUGUAAUCUGAAAGUACACAGAGAAAAGACUAUUCAAUACAUGACAGGAAUUAGCCUCAUCAUCAACAAAACUUGAAAAAAUAUAAAGAUUUGCCAAUCUCUUUUACAUAUUACAAGGCCUAUUUUGUAUCACUGAUUUUAUUAUAUUACAGUUUUGAAAUUUGCUUUCUACUUCUGAUCCAUGACACUGUAGAGUGCCUGCCACCUUUUGAUGUUUUGUACUCUAAUUUUCUGAAACGUUUUGGCAUAAUCCCUCAGUACUUAUACAUAUAUAGCCUUAUAUAUUGCAUGCAGAUUUAUGUACAUAUUAUUGAUGAUAUUUAAGGUAUUUAUGUUUAGACAAAAAAAUGCUUUUUUUUUCUUUGAGUUUGUAUUUUUAGUUUAAGUGCAGUUUUGAGAGGUAUUCAAAAAGCUUUUUUUUUCUCUGUCUAACAAUAUAUAUUUUCAUUAUCAUGGCCUUUCUAUACUUGGAGAUCUCACUUAUUCCAUUAAAUUUUUAAAAAUAUUUUUCCUGCAAACUUUUGAUUGCAGUUUGUACAACUGCAUUAACUAGAUACAGUUCUCUGUUGCAUUUAAACAGUAUAUCUAAGAGAUGUAUAAACCACUUUCAUGGUCACUUUCAUUUUAAAUAGAGGAAAGACAAUCAAAAGUUGUUUGCACAUCUUUUAUCAAAGUAUUUUAUGGUACACAUACCACAUUUUAGACUGGUUUGAUAAUGCCUUAUGUUAAAUCUGUACCUUCUUUCUAUAUGUGUUUCUUAUUGUGUUAUUUGAUUUUUGAGUAGUUGCAGAUGCUGUAUAUUCAUAAAGGUAAAUAGUCAUUGCUAAAGUUAUUGGUUCUUUUUCUAUCUCACUCAUUAGUUUGGUUCAUAUGGUGAUUGCUUAGAGUAUCCCAUUUAUGUACACAUGAAAGUUUACUCUCAUUAGCACCAGAAGGUUAAGAUGUUUAUUAAUAUAUUUUGAAAUUUCCUAAACCAGGAUGUAUAAAAAGAUUCUCAAGAUGUUACCUAAUAUCUCCCUCGAGUGUAAGAGGACUCGCGGAACUGUACUAAGUGAAAGAAAAUUUCUUAGGAAACAUUGCAAGUGAAAGAUAAUUUUACUGCUAACAGGAAAACAGUUAGAAACAAAACAGUAAAUUAGUACAUUAUUGGCUUUUGAUUAAUCCAUUGAUUAGUUAUUCAUUACAUGCUGUAAUUGUUAAGCUUUACAAGAUGUGUAACUGGUCAUGACAUGCUUCUUCCAUUUCAUGCAUUCUGUAGGCAGUAAACUGGAGAAAUUAAGAAAAAUGUGUAAAAGUAUGUGUAACAGUAAUUUUCACUCAGCAGAUUUAUGCUUGAUAAUGAAUUAAUCAGUUGGAUAAAGCAAGAGUAGCCUAAAUUUUAUUCAUACAAUUAUGUAUUGGCCUAUAUUUUUUUUUAAAUGGUAUGUAAGUUUACUUUAUCAAAUGUGGCAUAACAGAAACAACCUAAAAAGGUAAGGAUGAAAAUAUGUAAAAUAUGUAAAUGGGCAGUUAUAACAGGUGUUAAAGAUUAUUUAAUUUUGUUUCUUCAUCAGUCCUAUCAUUUUUUAAUAUUAUUAUAAUUAAAAAGGAGUUAUUAAUCAUACUGAGUCAAAUCAUCAUUUAAUGAUAUCAUCUAUCUUUGUGAUAUCUCGCUGUUAUACUAUCGAGAACAACUCAAAUGUAUUCCUUCAUGGUCAGAUUGCAUCUCUAUGAAUUAGAUGCCAUCAUAUUGCUUUAAAAAAACAUAAGCACAAAAACUGCUAAACUGGUGAAUGUGAAUGCUGUGGUCAUUGGUCUUCUUGGUCCUCUAAUAGUUCAUACUGCCCUUAGGAUGCCUCACCAACUCUCUAAACUUUUUGCUUUAUGACAAAGAGAGCAAAAAUCAUUGUGAGUGAUAUUAAGAUACCCUAAGGGGAUAGUAUUUUUUGAAGAUUGUUAUUAUUUAGAAAUACCAGCCCCGAUGUUAAACUUCUUUUCCAAAAUAAAGAAAAAAGUAAUAUAGAAAACUCAUAUGGCAUAUGGUUUCUCUUGUUUGAAUAUAUAUAUAUUUUUUUUAUAAAGACAGGUUUUUAUAACUUAACAGUCAAAAACUCAAAAGUGUUCAAGAAUAUAUCUUUAUAAAUCAUGUGUGUGUUUUGCCCAAUAUCAUGAAAAUUCCUAAAGUGAAUGUACCUUUUUUUGUGCUGCUUUGAACUCGUGCUGAUAAUCAGAUAAAAAAAAAUGCAACAGAUUUAGUGUGUGGUUCUGUUAGGCAGUUCAGUUUUAUAUAGUUUAACAUGAAUACAUGUGUGUUUGUGUCUGCCAUCUUGCAUGUUUUUCUAUAUAGAGAAGGAAAUAAAAGAGAUGCAGAAUGUUUGUAAGAAUAGCAUGUAAAUGAAAACAUUUGCAGAGGAAUUUUUCAUAUAAUGUAAAGUACAAGGCUUACACAAAGUUAUCCUGAUUAUGACAGAUAACAGACUGAAUAAUGUCAUGGCAAUGCUUCAGGAGCACAAGAAUAAAUUAGUCUUAUUUGUAAUGAAAUGACAGCAAUAGCAUGUGUACAUCCUCAAUACAGAUGGUAUAAUUAACCCAUUGCUGCCGGAUACAUGUCCAUUGUUGUUUUGUUUUGUGAAUCUUGCGUAUAUAGAGAUGGCUCCACAAGUGGUCAGCCACCAAGGAGUCAAUUAGUAGACUAACUGACCUUGAAUCUCCCAUUCCUUGCUUUUCUUUCUUUUUCUCUCUCUCUCUCUCUCUCUCUCUCUCUCUCUCUCUCUCUCUCUCUCUCUCUCUCUCUCUCUCUCUCUCUCUCUCUCUCUCUCUCUCUCUCUCAUUUGUAUUAUUAUUAUUAUUAUUUUUUAUCAUCAUCAUUAUCACAGUCUGAUCAUUAUCAUCAUCAAAUCAUUGACACUGGUUAUUUUAUUGCUAUUAACAAUACUAAUAGGAAUAAAAAUAAAACAAUAAGUUUUCCAAACAUCAAGGAAAUGGGUAAAGUGUGAGAUCAGGUAGAACUGGUAAUUAAUUGAGUCCUUAGAGAUUAAGCAUUUGAGGAGCCAUUAAUGUGUACACAGAAUUAACUAACUAAAAUCACAGUACAUGCCUUCACGGUAUCAGUGGUUUAAUAUCUAAACACCCUGUAUAGUGAUAUUUACUUCCUGUAUUUAAAUUUUAUUCACAGUCUUUAUGCUUAUUAUGACCUGUAUAACUGUUACCAGGUGUGUAAAUAGACGUUACAAACAGUAAUAGGAAGUUUAAUCAAAUACCGGUGCCACAUAAGUAUAUUUUAUAUAGAGUUUAUUCCAUUAUUGUGCAUAUGAAGGAUAUGCAAAAUAUAGAGAGAAUUUCUUAUAGAAAUACAUUAAAUCUGUUCUAACACUGCUUGCAUAGUAUUUGUAAUAUUACAUCUCUACAUAGUAAAGGACUGCGGUAGAUUCAUGGCUGUCAGUGAAUAGAAAACCAAUACAAAUAGAGGAACAGGUAUUUAGGCUAAACAUUAGUUUCAUUCUUAAAUUCACUGAUUAUCAUUAUAGUAGUUUUAAUACUCAUUGAUUAGUUCUGUGUUGUAUUCUUGCUGUAGUUUUAAUAGAUGAUAAAACAAACUGGUUGCUUGCAGAACUGAUGUAGUGAGCCACUUGUGACCUUAUUGUAUGACAUAUAUAUAUCCUAUAUAUUAUGUGUGUGUACGAAAUUAGAUAAAUAUCAAUAAAUGAAUGUGAUUGGAAUAUGUUUCUAAAUUCCAUAGAAAAGGAGAUUUCUAAGUCAAAUGCAUAUUUUAUUUCAUUCUAAUCGUACACAAAAUACAUGACUUUCAUUGUUGAUUGUGUCAAGUGCAAAGUAUGUGAAGUAAGCCCCUUUUUCAUAAUGCUUUCAUUUAUUAUUUAUUUUGUAUAUUGUACUUUUUUCUGUCGUAAUAUAAUGCAAAUUAAGCUGUUUAGUUAAACUGUAGGGGUAUGUGUGUGAGUGCACAUGCUCAUGUGUGUGUUGUAGUAUAUGCAUUGAAUUUGUGUAUGUACAUAACAUGCUGUGUUACACUAAGCUUUACUUAAUGAUAUUUCAUCUCUCAGUUACAAGUGGUGAGGUAUAAUAGCCUGCCCUUAAUUGUGUUAAUAAUUAGUAUGGCAAAACAUGUAAUCAUGAUUUUGAUUAUGAAGUGUAUAUCAUUAGUCUUUGGUGUAACAUUUAAUGUCAUUCAUUAUUCCAAUAUCUACACACAAAGUAAAAUAAUUUCUUUAUGUAUUACAUUAUUAACAAACAGUAGUACUAAGUGACAAACAUUUUGUGGUUAUACUUUUAGAAAAAUAGAUAGAAAGACAAGUUUCUAAAGAGAAGAUCAAAUAUUUGUAGAUAUCAGAUAGUGCAUGAAAGUAAACAUUGCAGCCUGAUACAUUAAUGAGAAACGGGUGUUCCAGAACUAGGCUGUAAUUCAUUAGUACUGGUUUUAGUGCAAAGCUGUAGAUUAUAUUCCACUUGCAAAAACUAUAGUGAGAAGUAUAUAGUAUGUGAUUGCUCUUGUCAUACUGCAAAUGUGAAAUGAAAAGAAUGAAGUACUUAUUUGUGUAAGUGCUGAGUUCUUCAUUUAUUUGUAUUUGGAAAAGGUAUGUUACAGAAAAAUAUAGAUACUUUGACAUUUUUAUGUACUUAUUACUUUGGUUUUGUCUUACAGUGCCUCAUAGCUCUCAUUAUUAUUGUGAUCGAUAUCACAGAGCCUAAAUAAAUUGUAUUAGAAUA